AGCUGUGGCCAGGGCCCUUCACCCCGGACUGUGAGGGGCUGCCGGUUGCGACGUGUCUCGGGCGGGUCUCUGUGGCCAGCAUGGACGCGGCGGAGGUGGAGUUUCUGGCUGAGAAGGAGCUGGUCACCAUAAUCCCAAACUUCAGCCUAGACCAGAUCUACCUCAUUGGGGGGGACCUGGGGCCUUUUAACCCUGGUUUACCAGUGGAAGUGCCUCUGUGGCUGGCGAUUAACCUGAAACAGAGACAGAAGUGUCGGCUGAUUCCUCCUGAGUGGAUGGAUGUGGAAAAGUUGGAGAAGAUUAGGGAUCACGAGCGGAAGGAAGAAACCUUUACUCUUAUGCCUAGCCCUUACUACAUGGAACUUACCAAACUCCUGUUAAAUCAUGCUUCAGACAAUAUCCCAAAAGCAGACGAGAUCCGGACCCUGGUCAAGGAUGUGUGGGACACUCGCAUUGCCAAACUACGGGUGUCUGCUGACAGCUUUGUGAGACAGCAGGAGGCACAUGCCAAGCUGGAUAACCUGACCUUGAUGGAAAUCAGCAGCAGCGGGCCUUUCCUCACACAAGCACUCAAUCACAUGUACAAACUACGGACAAACCUGCAACCUCCUGAAAGCACCCAGUCUCAGGACUUCUAGAGAAGGCUAUGAGCUUGGAAAGAAAGGCUUUGUAUCUCCCAGCGGAGGCCUGCCGGGUGGUGUGUGUGUGUCCAGGUCAUAAUGGAGGUACUAGUAUCUCUGGAGCUCUAGAACCCCUUUUGAAUGUAUGAAAAACUGUAAUGAAACAAGGAAUGGGUUAAUAACAUUGUUGGAAAGCAA